AUGCUAAAAGAAAUGGGAAAGAAUAAAAUUGAUGAUUUGCCGGGUUUUCCUUCGCUGGACAAGGGAGGCAAUGGUGAGGAGAGUAAUUUGUUAAAAUCAAAACCCUCGGCUAAGGCCAAGAAAAGUGGUGGUUUCCAAUCGAUGGGUUUAAGUUUUGAGGUGGUCAAAGGUAUAACAAAACGUGGCUAUCGUGUGCCCACACCUAUACAGCGUAAAACUAUUCCCUUGAUAUUGGAGGGACGUGAUGUGGUGGCUAUGGCUAAAACUGGUUCGGGUAAAACAGCCUGUUUCUUGAUACCUCUCUUCGAACGUCUUAAACGGCGUGAUCCUACCAAAGGGGCCAGAGCUUUAAUUCUAUCACCCACCCGUGAAUUGGCUGUGCAGACAUAUAAGUUUAUUAAAGAAUUGGGUAAAUUUAUGGAUUUGAAGACUAUUUUAGUAUUGGGUGGUGAUUCUAUGGAUUCACAAUUUUCUGCCAUACACACUUGUCCCGAUGUUAUAGUAGCUACUCCGGGUAGAUUUUUGCAUUUAUGUGUAGAAAUGGAUUUGAAAUUGAGUGCUAUAGAAUAUGUGGUAUUUGAUGAGGCAGAUCGUUUAUUUGAAAUGGGUUUUGGUGAACAGUUGAAUGAAACUUUACAUCGUCUGCCUCACUCCAGACAAAUGGUGUUGUUUUCUGCCACUUUACCUAAGCAAAUGGUAGAUUUUGCCAGAGCCGGUUUAAGUGAUCCAGUUUUAAUACGUUUAGAUGUUGAAUCCAAACUGCCCGAUGCCUUAAGUUUGAAAUUUGUUUAUUGUCGUCCGGAUGAUCGUUAUACCACAUUGGUAUGUUUGCUCAAGUAUGUUAUACCUCAAGAUGCCCAAACAGUGGUAUUUGCUGGUACUCAACAUCAUGUAGAACUAAUAUCAUUUAUCCUUACCGAAUCUGGUAUAAGCAACACCUCCGUUUACUCUAGUCUCGAUCCUUCGGCCCGUAAAAUCAAUACCGCUAAAUUUGUUAACAAAAAAGUGUCCGUGUUAAUUGUUACUGAUGUUGCUGCACGUGGCCGUUGUGCUCGUGCCGGACGCACUGGUACUGCCUAUUCCAUAUUCUCUACAGAUGAUACGGCUCAUAUGUUAGAUUUACAUUUGUUUUUGAAUCGUGAAUUUAAUAUCAAUGAUUCGACCGUCAUUGGUACAGUGCCCCAAGAUCUGCUGGAAGAGGAACAUUUGUCGAGCGGUGUUUUGCGUACCAGUGAAAAUGCCUAUAAGAAAUAUCUUUCCUCACGCCCAGUAGCUUCCUCAGAUUCGAAUGCUAGAGUGAAGAAAUUAAAAUUCUUUGCCUUAAAACCUUUGGAGGACUUUAUAGUCAGUGCUGUGCCCAAAUUAGCGGCUGCUAGUGAAACUAAAACCUCUAAGACAAUGGAAGAGAUUACUGCCGAAGAGCGUGAAUUGCAAAAUCAAAAACAUGAUUUAUUACUGAAAAUGCGCAACUUUAAACCGCAUAAUACUAUUUUUGAAUUGAAUAACACCCAAAAAUCUGUACCCUUUAUGGUUAUGAAACAAAAACGUUCUCAACAUUCAGAUGUUAUUGAAAAAUAUCGCACACAAAGAGAGGAAUUAGAUAAGGAGGAGGAAAAACAGGCCGAACAAAUUGAAACAAAUAAG